GGGCCUUGUUGAAUUUGCGAUAGUGGCGCGUUAGCGAGGGCAGGGGCUGGGUCGGCGCCUUGGCUCGAUAUCUCGAACGCGCCCGUGACAUCCACACGUACAGUUGAUGGUGCCUUCCUAAAAAUAAAGUUGAGUGCCAACGGCACCCCGUGCCCUCCUCCUCCUCUGCCCGCUCCUCCCAGUGGACGCGGGCACACGAGAAUUCCCUUUCCAGACAGCUCUGCUUGCAGUCCCCGGCACUCCCUAAGACCCACACUUGCCCUGGCACCAGCUGGUCUGGCACCAGCCACCACCCCCGGUCGCUGCUCGCACCCUUCACAGUAUCUCGGACCCCGCGGGGCAGCUUCCAAAUUUGCUCUGGGCAGAGCGGGCGCGUCGGGGAUGAGAGGCGUAAACAGACGUGAUAUAGGUGGCACACGUGGUUUAACAGAUAGUAAUAGAUAGUGCCGACGUAUAUAGGUGUAACAGAUAGUGCAGAUAGAUAACACAGAUGUAGGUACUUGCAUGUAGUACCGGUGUGUAUUGGUAUGUUAUAGUGACCGACACGAAAUGAGUGGCGUAUUCGUAGUUUGCCGAUAUAAUCGUAGUUCGUACGGUGUUGAGGUGUGAUGAUAAUGGUGAUAAGUUAUGGGCGCACACUGAGGAUCGGACGCACACAGGCUCUUUCAGACAAACAUGCACAGUGCGGCAGCAACACGAGAGAGAUGCGCAAUAUUGACACGUGCGAAUUGACAUACGCAGGUACAAAUACGCAGGGACGCAGACCAACACAAACAUCGUCCAGAUCAACUCGCUAAAAGAUAAAGAUCCCCCGUAUUACUGUAUAGCCUCUUAAACUUUUGUAGCUAGUGCUGUUAAGCGAGCACUCGCUAAAACAGACACACAGAAAAAAUAGACAGACACGCAUCAACACAGACAAACACAGCAGCGCGCGCGCACACACACACACAGGGCCAAUGUUAUCCCGGCUCAGAGGCUCAUCAGCGAGCCGCAGAGAAACCCAGCCGCAGCAGGAGGAUGAGGCUGAGCGGUUGCCCGCUGCCCGGGCGCUUGCUCGGCUCUACCGCCAGCACGUGCUGCCCAUCGAGCGCCGCUACGGCUUCCACGUGGCGUAUCGCGCCGCCGAGCUGCGCGACGCAGAGUUCGACUCCCCGCCCACGGUGCUGCUCCUGGGCGCGCCGGCCGCGGGCAAGACCAGUCUGCUGCGCUACCUGCUGGGCGGCCCCAGCUCCCAGCAGCAGCAGUUUCUGCAGCAGCUGCAGCAGGGAGUGUUGCAGCCGGGCAGCGCCACGACCUCCGUGACCAUCGUGCAGCACGGGGAGGCACCGGGGAGCGUGACGCCUGGGCACGCCUUGGUGCUGGAGGCGAACUCGGCUUUCGCGGGCUUGGCGGCGUUCGGCAGCGCGGCUAUGUCCAGGGUGGUGCGUGUGCAGUUGCCGUGUCCCAUUCUGGAGAGCGUCACCUUUGUGGACACACCUGGCAUUCCCAACGAUGAGAUCGCCGCAGGACAGCACGGUACUUAACACCACCAUUGACAUCACACAUCAUGAUCAGCACAAUAAACGUCGUCACAAUUAAUACCAAGAAUAUCAUCAUCAUCCUGACCAUCACAUCUGCUGUAAUGCCUGUCAUCUUCAUUGUAACCGUCACAACCACUGUUAUUGUAAUCAGCGUGAUAAUUACCAUGAUCAUAACCAUCA